AUGCUUCUAUUCAUCCCUUCCCCUCUGAUCUCCCGGGCAAGCCACGCUGACCACCCGUCGCCUCUGCCCUUUGCAGCGAAAAUUCUCAACAUCCCGAUCUUCAUCACGACGCAGAACGCCUCGCGCCUCGGCGACACCGUGUCGGAACUCACCGCGCUCGUCCCCGAGGGCACGCCCGAGGCGAUCGACAAGACGGCGUUCUCGAUGCUGGUGCCGGAGCUGCAGUCGCAGCUGCAGAGCCUAACCAGCUCGGCGAACGAGAAGCUGUCGGUGCUGCUGGUCGGGAUUGAGACGCACAUCUGCGUCACGCAGACGACGCUCGACCUGCUCGCGGCCGGCCACCGCGUCUACGUCAUCGCCGACGGCGUGUCGUCGUGCAAUGCCGGCGAGCGGCCCGUCGCCCUGCACCGCCUGGCGCGCGAGGGCGCUGUCGUGACCACCAGCGAGAGCAUCCUCUUCGAGCUUGUCGGCGACGCCAAGGACGACAAGUUCCGCGCCGUCAGCGGCCUGGUCAAGGAGACCAAGGAGGAGACCAAGCAGGCGGUCGAGACAUUUUGUCGUUUGUAG